UCUUAACUUAUUUUCAAUCAUUUUUCUAAUUAUAUUUAAUAGGAUGAAGUCGAAACUAUUCAGGAUGUGGUGCUACAGUUUAAUUUUAGUCCUUAUUCUUGUGCCCUUUUCCCAUCAGUCUGUUAAUAAUUAUCGACUACCAAACGAUUCGUUGCCAUAUCGUUAUCAGAUACAAUUAAUGCCACACAUGACAACAGAAGACUUAUCAUUUGAUGGAGAAUCGAAAAUUUUUCUCGAAGUCUUCAAACCUAUUAUUAAUAUAACGUUAAAUUCUCUAAAACUUAAAUAUCAUGAGGAAAGUACAAAAUUAAUUGGCGAUGAAGUUUUUAAACCUCGUCGACACAUUUUGGACGAUGAAUCAGAAUUUUUGAUUCUUAAUUUUCACGAACACAUCGAACCGGGUCUCUACUUUCUUUAUUUAAAAUAUAAAGGAGAAUUAAAUAGAAGACCAAUGGGAUUCUUCAAGGACUAUUAUGUUGAUGACAAUAAUAAACAAAUUUUGUUGGCGGCGACACAGUUUGAAACGACAUUUGCAAGACUGGCAUUUCCCUGUUGGGAUGAGCCGGCAAUAAAGGCAACAUUUGAUAUUUCGAUUAAACAUUUGGCAAAUUAUACAGCAUUAUCGAAUAUGCCAAUUAAAGAAAUUGUUAAAGACACGGAUAUUGAUGGGAUGGUGUGGUCAACAUUUGAAAGAACACCUCAAAUGUCGUCAUAUUUGGUGUCAUUCACAAUUUCGAAUUUUGAAAAUGUUUCCAACUCUUAUGGAAAUUUUUCUCUUUGGUCUCAUAAAGAGACAUUACAAUAUUUAUCACAUUCCUAUGAAAUUGGAAUUAAGACUUUUCCUAUUUUGGAAGAAUACACGGGAAUUGGAUACAAUAUGCCGAAAAUGGACGUUAUUGGCGUACCGGGACUUUCAUUUGGCGCCAUGGAAAAUUGGGGACUAAUUAUCGUAAUGGAAUAUCAUCUUCUGACUUACAAUCAUACUACAGACGCCGAAAAAUUCACCACAUCUACAAUAAUGGUUCAUGAAAUAGCACAUCAAUGGUUUGGAAAUAUAGUAUCGCCAGCUUGGUGGGAGGAUGUUUGGAUUACCGAAGGACUUGCAACCUAUAUGCACUAUUUCAUACUCUCCAAAGUGAUGAACUAUCCAAGGAUUAUGGAUUUUUUUGUGGUGACUAAUAAUUAUAGAGUUUACUCCUGGGAGAAUCAUUAUGGAACAACAGCAAUCUAUCGAAAUAUUAGCAGUCCAAAGGAAUCUGUUGAACAUUUGUCGACGGUUCAUGAUAAAGCCGCAACAAUAAUGCACAUGAUAAGCGGUCUAUUGUCAGAAGAAGUGUUUCAUGCAGGAAUUAAGAAGAUGCUGCAAACAUAUAAAUAUGGAACAAUAACAACCGACAACUUUUGGAAUUCAAUGCAAGAAGCAAUGGAAGAAUCAAAACUGCCAUAUAAUAAUUUUAACAUAAAAUCACGUCUGGAUUGUUAUAUAUCGCAAGCUGGUUAUCCCAUAAUUAAUGUUGAGAGAAAUUACGAAAGUGGAGCAAUAAAAUUGAUACAGACGUCGAUAGAAAAAGAUUGUAAAUAUUUCGAUUGCAAACAGUUUGAAUCACAGAGAUGGUGGGUUCCAAUAAAUUUGGCAACAAUGUCACUUCAAAACUUUUCGUCAAGCGCUGCCACCUAUUGGAUAGGCCCUGAAGAAAAUGAAUUAAUUAUUGAUGGAGUAGACUCUCUUGAUUGGUACAUUAUUAAUAAAAAGAGCGUUGGUUUCUAUAGAGUGAACUACGACACGGAGAAUUGGAAGAGAAUAAUAGAUUAUAUGAAUACGCCAAAUUUCAAGAAUAUUCACGUUCUAAAUCGUGUUAAACUUUUAGACGAUGCCUAUUACUUUACAAUGAAUAGUAAAUUAGAUCCAAAUUUGUUAUUUAAUUUAACAUCAUACUUAGUUCGAGAAGAUGAUCUUAUACCAUGGAAGAGAGCUGGAGCAAUAUUUUUCUACCUCAUUCGAACUCAAGGAAGAACUGCCGAAAAUAAGGAAUUUAUUUUACGUUUGAUUCAACCACUGAUUGAACAAACUGGAUUGAAAGUGAGACCAGGCGAUGACUUUUUUACAAGGCUAAAGCGAAAUAUUGCCAUUUCAUGGUUUUGUAAAAUUUCAAGGAAAUAUUGCGAUCUUAUUGACAUGUGAAUGUAUCAUGUGGAUCAUGACAUAUCCACUUGAAGGGAAUAAAUAUGAAAAAAAAUCUUGGUUUAUGUAUAAUAAAAUUUAUUUAUUCACAGUUU